GGCGGAGAGACUGCCGCUGUGCGCUGUUAUUAUUGUAAGAGUAAUUUCUUUUUUACGAAAAUGGCGUCUAGUCAGGGAGGUGUGGGAGCUGUCACGGCUCUACAAAGCCAUCACUACUCGAGCGGACCUCACUGGAGCCCGGGCGUUAGCCAGUACCAGCAGCACCAGCAGCAGCACCACACGGCCCGCAGCCUGGACCGGGCUCUGGAGGAUGCCGUGUGCUCGGGGAUACUGAACCUGAGCGGGAGGAAGCUGAGGGAGUACCCGGGGAUGAGCUACGAUCUGACCGAUACAACACAAGCAGACUUGUCCAAGAAUCGCCUCACAGAAAUCCCCCCUGAAGUGUGUCUCUUCGCCCCCCUCGAGUCGCUAAACCUCUACCACAACUGCAUCAAGUGCAUCCCAGAAGCCAUUAUCAAUCUGCAGAUGCUGACUUAUCUAGACAUCAGCCGAAAUCUCCUGUCAGUUUUGCCAAAAUACUUGUUCAGCCUCCCCCUCAAAGUUCUGCUCGUGAGCAACAACAAGCUUGUGUCCAUCCCUGAGGAGAUCGGCAAGGCCAAAGAGUUGAUGGAACUGGACGUGAGCUGUAAUGAGAUCCAGGUGCUGCCAGCUCAGGUGGGGAGGCUUCAUGCCUUACGAGAACUCAACAUCAGGAAGAACUGUCUUCACAUGCUGCCUGAGGAGUUGGCUGACCUGCCUCUAAUCCGACUUGACUUCUCCUGCAAUAAGAUCACAGAGAUUCCUCCAGCUUACAGGAAACUCAGGCAGUUGCAGCACAUCAUCCUAGAUAACAAUCCUAUGCAGUCUCCACCAGCACAGAUUUGUCUCAAGGGCAAAGUGCACAUAUUCAAGUACCUGAACAUCCAGGCAUGCAGGAUGGACAAGAAGCCGGACACCCUGGACCUCCCCUCCCUCGGCAAGCGUUGCCUUCCACAGCCACUUACAGAUAGCAUGGAAGAUUUUUAUCCCAGUAAGAACCACGGGCCUGACUCUGGAAUCGGUAGUGACAAUGGUGACAAGAGGCUGUCUACAACUGAGCCUUCAGACGAUGACACUGUCAGCCUGCACUCUCAGGUUUCAGAGACAGCCCGUGCUGAUGCCCUGUCGCUCCUCUCCAAAAUGGAUUCUUGCAAAGAUCAGGAUCUCUAUGACUUUAUAGACCCCAACCCGGACGAGGAUCCUGCUCUGUCAGAGUGUGACGGGCAGCAGAGCAGUCAUGUGUCUUGUAUAAAGGAACUGGAGAAAGUUCUUAACAUGUCUCACCAAAGCAAAGAUAAAGAUGGCUGGAAAGAGGAGUCAGGCUCUGACAAGGAGCAGCUGGUCGAGGAAGAGGACGAUGAGCUGAAAGAAGUGCUGGAUCUGAGGAAGAUUGCUGUCCAGCUUCUGCAGCAGGAGCAGCAGAAUAGACGACGGUCCUUAAUUUGCAGAGCAGAGAGUCUUAUUCACCGACGGAGAGUGACUGGCCGAGCACACAGAUUCUUGAGUCACUCUGGAAGCUCCGGCAGCAAGCCGAGGCCACCGCCUCAGACGGCUCGCAGUGCUUCUCUGGAUGAAGGAAGUAGUGGAGCAUCGGUGCUGAGUGGACAGCCUUCUUUCUCCUGCUCCUUUGAUGGCAGCCUGAAGACAGAUCAGUCAGACUCAGAGCCAAAGUGGCCCGAAGUCCCACCAGUCCUCAAUCAGAAUGAAGAUCGCAGGCGGAACAAGUACCUGAGAAAAGAUUAUCUGAAGUAUAAGUGUCAGAGUGCUCGGAAAAGCUCCAGUGGGAACGAUGACUGUGAGGAGGGCUUGCGCAAUGCCGAUUUCAGCACCACUCUCACAGUGUUUGGACUCAAGCCCAGAUCAGCUUUCACCAGAGGAAGCCGCCAGGAGUACAGCUCAACAGACCCCAGUUUCACCAUGAGGAGGAAGAUGGAGCACUUGAGAGAGGAAAUGGAGCAGAUUGGACUGUUACGGCAGAAUAUCGAGUCCAGACUGAAGGUGUUGCUCCCAGACGAUGUUGGAGCUGCUCUGAUGGAUGGGGUCGUCCUUUGCCAUUUAGCCAAUCACAUUUGUCCUCGGUCCGUCGCCAGCAUCCAUGUGCCGUCUCCUGCAGUGCCAAAGCUUAGCAUGGCUAAAUGCCGUAGGAAUGUGGAGAACUUCUUGGAUGCCUGUAAGAAGCUGGGUGUCACACAGGACAAGCUGUGUCUGCCCCACCACAUCCUAGAAGAGCGUGGCCUGGUGAAGGUGGGCGUGACCGUGCAGGCUCUGCUGGAUCUGCCUACAUCGAAGUCCACACAACUGUCAGCCGUUUGACACGAGCCUGAAUGUUGCGUCCAACCCACAGUCAUCCAGCCAACCCCUCUCCCCUUCCUGAACCUACACCCCAUCGCCAGGGACCAGAGAGCCCCUCGGGGUGAGGACCCAGUGGUCCGUGGGUCUUUGGGAGUCUGCUUCUGCCUGACUGAAAUGGGAGACAGGAGGGAGAAAUACCUCUGUCUCUUUAUAUGAUGUCAGCCGCCACCCCACUUCCUGUCCAUCACAUUUUUACUUGUAUCCUGUUCCUAAUUACUGGGGUCAUCCUGUAUGUGUGUGGACUAGCAGUGUGACUGUGUGUUUCCUGAGCUGCACAGCUUGCCGAGAGGAGACUGAAAAGACAAUGGGUCUAUACAGGAGGACCUGUGCAUCUCUCUCUGCAUGCUCAGUGAUUAUUGAGCCUGCAAGUGCCAGUACUAACAACAUUUCCAUGCUGGUGUUGGAGACAUUGGCAGUGAGGAGAUGACAGACAUUUGACUCACUCUUUCACUAAAGAGACUGAAGCUGCACGCUGGCCUCGCAGCCACAAACCACUGACUGACCUCAAGGGGUUCAUACACUCUUGACUUUCUCUUCUCUUUGUGGAGUUUAUUUCUUCCCAUGAAAAUUCAUUUUUGAAUUUAUACAUGUUUUUUCCAGGUUCCUACUGUCACUGCUUCUCAGCAGCCAGACGUGUUCACAUUUGUUUGAGCAAUCACAUCACAGCUUUUUGAGGGUGAACGUAUGGUGUGCCUCAGAACAGCGUGACAAUUAAUAUUUGCUUGAAGUCACGCUCCAGUUGAUGUCUGCCUGUUUUCCCCUCGAGUGUUGUUCUGAAACAUAUAAAUUACUGCGCAAAUCAGUACUUCAGAAAAAAAAACCUCUCUUAAUACAAACCUGCAUGCCAUGACAUCUGACCACUGUGACAACAUGUGCUUGGCUGCGGCUCAAAGCAUGGCGGUCCUGUUAUGUAGCUUCUUUUUUUUUUCAUUGUACAUUAAUUUUCUGUUGUUGAAAAUAUUCUGUAAUCCAACUUUUCUAAAGCUUUUAUACUUUCCAAUCAUUGCCAAUUAUCACUGGCCAUUUUUCUGGAGGUCAGAGCCUGGGUGUGCCAUGUUGGGCACAAAGCAGUUAGGAUUUUAUUGCUGUGCGUAACCUCUGAUGAAACAUGUUUAUACUGUAUGUGUUUGUGAGUGGAGGGGUCUGAAUGAAGGGGCCGUCACUCCUGCAAACCUUCCACACAUUGCACGGUCCUGUUGUACAGCCAGGCCACCCCGCUCUGUGGUUUCUGAUACAAUUCAUUAUUUCAGGGAAAUGAAAUUAUUUAUGUAUUUAUUCA